AUGGGGUGCACGCUGGCAGAGACAGAGCAGGGGGUCGUGGUGCGGCCACUCUCACCCCAGAUUUUAUCCAAAGGGGAGCUGCAGGUAUCGGACAAGGAACGACAGACACAGCUGGAGCAGAUGUUUAGAGACAUCGCCACCAUUGUGGCUGAGAAAUGUGUGAAUCCUGAAACCAAGCGGCCGUACACCGUGAUCCUUCUAGAAAGAGCCAUGAGGGAUAUUCACUACUCGGUCAAACUGCACAAGAGCACGAAGCAGCAGGCGAGUUCUCUUGCACAGUCAGCUUCUGCGGAGAGGUGGGUGGAGCGUGCUGGCAUGAGGCUGCGAGUUCUUCUUCCAGCCAAGGAGGGGAAGAAACUGGAAGAGAAGCUGAAGCCCCUGAUGAAAGUUAUAGAGGGUGAAGAGUUCCAGGAGCAGCUGGAAAUUGUGUGCCUGAUUGACCCGGGCUGCUUCAGAGAGAUGGAUGAGCUGAUGCGGAGGGAGACAAAAGGGAAAGGAACACUGGAAGUGCUGAGUCUGAAAGACGUGGAGGAAGGCGAUGAAAAGCUUGAAUAA